CCGCGCCUAUCAAUCGCUUCGAGCAUUACAAGUCUGAGGCCAUCCAGGGGCCAGAUGCAAUUUGCCAAUUAUGCUGCCUGCUUAGCUUCCCCGGAACGUUUCCCACUGGUUCCGCCCGUCAGACUUCGCCAAACCCCGUCAAACCCCGUCAGAACCCCUCGGAGAUCCUUGCAGACCCGCUCCCUCAAUUACCUCAAUGUAGCAGGUACAGCCGGCUCACUCAGUCACGCUCUAUAGCCGGACUAGCUACAGUAUAAAGACUUGUAACGCGGCAGAUAUUGCCAAAAUACUUUGAAGACAACAAGCAGUGACCGUGUCGCAUAGGUUCGGCACUUGUCUCUUCUGGUGUACCUCGAUGACAGACCGAAUUCCAGAUCGAGCCAAAAGAAAAAAGUCGUGCAAUGGAGCUCAAAGAUAUCAAGAAAACUGCUCAAGAGCAGGGCCACCUACACCAAGAGCUAUGGGAACUCACGCAAACCUAUCAACCAGGUGGUGUGCUGCCCACUGCCAGUGACAUGUCAAGAGCCAGGGCCUCUUUGCCCGAGUCUCUCACUGAUGCAGGGGCGGGUUUUGAAAACACUACGCAGCAUAUCCUGAAUGAUCUGGUUCCAGCUUUCAAUCGCAGCAGUAUAAACCCCAAUUAUUACGGAUUCGUUACGGGUGGCACCACCCCAGCCGCACUGUUCGCAGACAAUCUUGUAUCUGCUUACGAUCAGAAUGUCCAGGUGCAUCUGCCAGAGCACUCGAUAUCGACAGACGUCGAAGCCACUGCAUUGGGCCUUCUUGCAGAUCUCCUACGGCUAGACCGGCACCAUUGGAGUAAUGGAACUUUCACCACGGGAGGCACAGCCAGUAAUAUCCAUGGGUUAGUCUGCGGGAGGGAGUUUGUCCUCCGGACGGCUGCAAAGAAGAAGGGCAUUGCUGUCGGAAGCGUUGGCGAGUAUGGCUUGUUUGAACUCAUUCAGGCUACAGGCCUCUCCGGUGUCCAAGUUCUCACAACGUUCCCCCACUCUUCGUUAACAAAAGCGGCUGGGGUACUUGGGAUUGGCCGCGCAAACGUUAAGAGUAUGUGCCGGGAUGGUCAUUAUCUCCAAUUUGAUCUGGAGAGGCUUGAAUCUGAACUGGCAAGGUCUACCAAGGCGAGCAUCGUGACUGUCUCGUGUGGAGAGGUGAACACUGGACACUUUGCGACGUCUAGUUUGACUGAAAUGAAGAACUUGCGUCGCCUUUGUGACGAAUACGGGGCUUGGCUUCAUGUUGAUGGUGCCUUUGGCAUUUUUGGCCGUGUUCUAGAGGGCGCGGAAUUUUCCACUAUCUCAAAGGGAUGCGAAGGCAUGGAGCUGGCGGAUUCCAUCGCAGGCGAUGCGCACAAACUGCUAAACGUGCCAUAUGAUUGUGGCUUCUUCUUUUGUCGCCAUUCCGGUGAAGCAGAAAAUGUCUUCCAAAACGCAAAUGCAGCUUACUUGACUGGGGGCCAAUCUGGUGCCCCUUCGAUUCCUUCUCCCCUCAACAUUGGAAUGGAAAAUUCAAGACGGUUCAGAGCCUUGCCAGCAUACGCCACGCUUGUGGCGUAUGGUCGGACUGGAUAUCGGGAAAUGCUGCAGAAGCAGAUUCGACUCAGCAGAAUGAUUGCCGGAUGGAUCUUUGAUCAUCCCAAGUACAAUGCACUACCAGAACUGGCCAGCAAGGAUGCUUUGCUUGACCAGACUUACAUCAUAGUACUCCUCAGCGCGAAGGACGACGAGUUGAACAACAACCUAACGAAAAGGAUAAACGCAACUUCGAAGAUGUGGGUGUCUGGAAGCUCCUGGAAAGGCAGACCAGCUUGUAGGAUCGCGAUCUCGAAUUGGAGGGUCGAGGAAGAGAGGGAUUUUGCGCUUGUGACAGAGGUCUUGAAUAGCGUGGCUGGAGGACUGUCAUAGAGUAUUUUCUGGCUAGCCCGGCACCCCUUUAUGUUUAUAUGAUAUAGAGAUUAAUACGCGCCAUGCCAGUGGCAUUAAUAAUUGUG